CCCUCUUACACUCUACCUGCAUCCUCUGUUCAAAUAUCUUGUUGCAACAAUGUUUAAACGCGCUCAGAAACGACGCAGAAGGCAACAGAAGGAAGAAGAGCUCGGUCUGGACGCUGAGACGAAGGAAGUAUUGGGCUUGCAUGACAGCGACUCCGACGAGUUGUCCUCGGAUUCAGACUCGGAUGAUGACUCAGAAAAUGAAAAUUUCGAUGAAGGAGCUGCCGUUGAUCAGGAGAGCGCCGUUGAAGGGAACGACGUUCCUUCCGAUGAAGACGUGUCGGAUGCAGAUUUGGACGACGAGCCUCCAUUGUCCGUUGCUGACGCCUUGGAGAAUCCAGUGUAUACCAUUGAGCCUGAGCUGUAUGCAUGCGUAGUGUGCACCAGAAAGCGGUUCAAGAAUCCUAUAAUGUGCGAUGUGCACACGGAGUCUCCUGCUCAUUUGCGGAGAUAUAAGAGAUUCAUUGCAAUGGCGCGCGAUGCCGACCCAGAUCAGAAUGUGAGAGAACUGGUGCACGCGCUUACGACAGCCCUCCCCAAGAAGGAGGUUAAAGAGGGGGCUCUGUCGAAUCGUGCCAUCAAAAACGAGGAAAAGAUAGCAAAAAAUACGAAGAAGCGCGAACGACAGAAAGCUGCCAAAGCCAAAGCGUUGGCGAAGAAGCAUGCCAAGUUGGCUGUCGCCGACAACGCCGACUCUGUCGCAGAACAAACGAAGGCGACGAGCGGAGACGAAGGGAAACAAGCCGCAAAGUCCGAGGCGACGUCGCAUACUCCUGCACCCGUCGCCCAGAAAGAGGUCAAGCGACCGCGAACGUCUGAUGACACCUUGCCAGUUGUAAAACCCAAGGAGACAAAGCCUGUCGCAGAAGGGAAGUCCAGUACACGCAGCAAAAAGGGUGCUCACAAAACUGGCGCGCAAGCAGGGGCGAAGAGGAAGCGUAAAGCAAAGGAUGUCUGAGCCGAAGUCUGAUGUACGGUCACUACUUGGAGAAGGGCACCACAUAGGUACCGUGGGAGCAGUGAUAAAUAUUGGUCCAUCGAAGCCAUUGUCCAAGACUCGCGCGAGGAAUCGGUCAAGGCACGGCUUUGUACGACGUUAAAGGUCGCCAGCAUUGUCGUACGAGCAGCUACAGACAGAACUGCUGACCGUGCUAGUCAAAGCGCCUGCCCAUUUAUCUGCGCUGGACUGCGACAACAUAGAGGCGGUUGUGCGCGACGUGAAAUACCACAGCAGUGUAGGAUGCAUUUACGACCCGU